AUAGCAUUGCACUCUCUCACAGCUUGAGCAUGAGCCAAAUGUCACCAGGCACCAGCUCAUUUACCUCGUUCACGGGUAUCCAGUGCCUUCCAUCAGGCAAUUGGCAAGGCCAAGAAGGAAACCCGAGUUAGCCAAUAAUUGCACCUGAAAAAUUACCCGGCAGCUUCUUUUGGUUUCCAUAAUUCUAUAUAGAGCCUAAGCUGAAUUACCUGCCCCAAUAAUGGGGGUUACUACUUCACUAAAACAGGCAACAAGUCAACAGAAGAAUUCCAGCUUCAACCAGGAAAGAGAAACAGAGAAAAAAGGUGGAAGGUUAGCUGACAAUUACCUCAAAAAAAAAAAAAAACCUUUCUUUGGUAUGUAUUCAGUUUCCAAGUUCAACAGAUUCAUGAUAUUGCAAGUAGUGGGGUGUGUUUUUUUUCCAAGUAACUUUGAUGGAACUUUAUCCUCACCAGUUCUUCAGAAGAGCACGUGAAUAACUUUAUUGCAUUACCUUUAAAGCUUUUCUUAAAUGGCUGAUUCAUCUAGACAACCAAGACUGCAUGCAUGAGUAGUAAGCAAUAAAUUCAGAGUUAAUGGCUUAAUCUAUUGAGUUUUUGUUGAAGCUUAGCAGCAAAUGCAUCCUUUGCCCUCCCCAAUCUGUUAAGCAUGAAAGAGAGUCUGCUUAUGUUUUAAGUAAUGUCUCAGGUUACACUGCAGGAGUUGCAAAAAUACAUUGUGUUAUUGCAUAGAUUCAAACAGCAACCAAAAUUUCCUGAAUUAGGGGAAUGUUCCAAUCUGCCAACUAGGGGCUUUAAGUACAUGCUAAUUUUGAGCUAGUGAUUUAAGCUUAUUGCAAACUCAGGCCUUCAAAUCAAGCCCCACAUGAAUGUGACAAAUGAAGCCACUAACCCUCGUAAAGAAGCUACUCCCCUUCUCUCUCCUACCCAUCAAGUCCACAUGUUGCCAAAAUACAUUCACAUGUCUGUGUUUUCUUGUGAAAAGGGAUAAAUUUUCCUCCACUUUUGCAUACAGUUGGAUCUCCACCAACUCUUACCACCCUCUAUCCACGCUACAAAACUCAUCAUCAAACACAUGAUAAUGCUUUGUAUGCUACUCAUUUAAACCAACCAUUCAUAGUGAAAGUUAUGAGAAAGUUUGUCUGUCAUCUCCCAAAUUUUGCUGCCAUGAACCCAAUAAUUCUCUUUGUUCUUUCUUCUCUGUUGAUCAAGGCAUUAUCUUUGAAACCUGAGCCAGCAAAAAAUAAUGCCCAGAUCACUGUGAUGGGGCUUGUUUAUUGUGACAUUUGCUCCACAAACAGCUUCUCCAGGCACAGCUACUUCUUACCAGGUGCAGAGGUUCAAAUAGACUGCAACUUCAGGGCAUUUGUUCCCAGAACAAGAGAACAGAUAUCAUUCUCAGUCAACAGAACUACUGACAAACAUGGAGUUUACAGGUUGGAAAUACCAUCAGUUGAUGGGAUCGCAUGUGCGGAGGCAGCCAUUGCAUCAUCCUGCCAAGCAAGCUUAGUUGGGAGCUCAUCUACUUCAUGCAACAUUCCUGGUUACGGAAGCACAACGGAUCAGAUAGCAAUCAAAUCCAGACACCCCAAUCUCUGCAUCUACAGCCUAAAUCCAUUGAAUUUCAGACCAUCAAAAAGAGAUGCUUCCUUGUGUGGGAAUUAAAGCAAGACUUCACUAGUUAUACUUAUUUACCACCUUAAAGCAUCUAUAUGAUUUCCUUUUUGCUACUUUUCCAAUUAUCUCUUUUCCUUAACACACUAAUCCCAGUUAUUGAAGAUAGAUCCCAAUCUCCCCAUCCUCAUCUAUCCUACGAAGGUUCUUUCCAUUUCUCAGUCUGCACAUAAUACAAGAAAUGAGGAACCCUUAAACAUCCUUUUGCCUAUGGCCUUCCAGCCUUACUUGGUGCUCCGUAAAGAAGAACAAAGGGCCACGUUCUACUAAGUAUUUUCCAUCCUUGCAUUUCUUUUUUAUUGUUUGUAUCAGCACAUUCAAUUGUGCCCAAGAGACUUUUGUGCAUAUGGGGUCCAGCUCAAGCAUGUGGACAUACAUGAUUUACCAUAUUUUAUCCUGAUUGGUCUUUAGUUACAAUGUAUGAAAUGUGUGAAUGAAGUGAUUAAAGACAUCAACAGCCUUUUGAAA